GCACACAGUCGCGUACCGUCACAAUCACGCGCGCAACGGAGAGUUUAUCCGGGUGGGUUUCUGCAGUCUGUUCUUCUUCUCCUCCUGUCUUUCUCUCCAUCGGACCUCUCUCUCCGCUCACAGAGCUUCUUCUUGACGGCUGCUAUCAGCGAUCUUUUUCCCCCGAAUAAACCAACAAGACUGACAAAAUGGCCGGCAAAGGGACUGUGGUUGCCUGUAGAAACUUCAAUGCCACUGACGACGCUGAGGUCCUGUACAAGGCCAUGAAGGGGCUCGGGACCAACGAGGAUGCCAUCUUGCAGCUGUUGUCGUCCCGCAGCAACCACCAGAGGCAGGACAUCAAGCACGCCUACAAAACUCUGUUUGGAAAGGAUCUGGUGGAUAACCUGAAGGGAGAGCUGGGGGGGAAGUUUGAGACCCUGAUCGUGGCCAUGAUGACCGCGCCCCUCGCUUAUGAUGUGUCAUCGCUCCGCAACGCCAUCAAGGGGGCAGGAACAGAGGAGAAGGUCCUGGUGGAGAUCUUGGCCUCCAGGACACCUCAGCAGGUGAAGGACAUCGUCGCUGCUUAUAGAAAAGAGUAUGAUGACGACCUGGAGGAGGAUAUCUCCGGUGACACUUCAGGUCACUUCAAGAGACUCCUGGUUAUUCUGCUGCAGGGGAACAGGCAGAGCGGGGUCCAGUCAGAGCUCAUUGACAGUGACGCUCAGACCCUCUUCCAGGCUGGAGAGCACAAAUUCGGUACUGAUGAACAAACGUUUGUCACCAUCCUGGGAAACCGGAGUCCAGAACAUCUUAGGAAAGUAUUUGAUGCUUACAUGAAGCUGUCUGGAUUCGAGAUGGAGGAGAGCAUCAAGAAGGAAACAUCUGGAGGCCUGCAGGAUCUUCUUCUGGCCGUCGUGAAGUGCGCCAGGAGCGUCCCAGCCUACUUUGCAGAGACGCUGUACUAUUCGAUGAAGGGUUUAGGAACUGAUGACAACACUCUGAUCAGAGCGAUGGUGACCCGCAGUGAGAUCGACCUGAUGGACGUCAGAACUGAGUUCAGGAAGCUGUUCGCCUGCUCUCUGUUCUCCAUGAUCAAGGGAGAUACCGGCGGAGACUUCAGUAAGGCUUUACUGUUGCUCUGCGGUGGAGAUGAUGCAUAAACUAGAAACUACACCUGAAGUUUAUCGUCUGUUUCAAGUUUGCCCUUUUUUGGUCUUGGGAUCACAAUAAAUUAACACGUAACUUUUCAUCAAAAAAGUAUUGUCUGUCUAUAAGAGACGUCUCUAUCAUGUCUUUUUAAACUAUGACUCCAGAUAAUGUCGUUGAAAGGUAGCUAACAUUUUGUUUUAAACCCACAUUAAUAAUGCAGCUUGUAGUGGACAUGUUCAGUAUGAUUUUUAUUAUAUCAUUUCUUUGUAAUGCAAAAGUUUCAGACUACAGUUUGCACUGUGUAUGGGAGAAGCACUAUAUGCAAUAAUAAACAUUUCAACUGAUGAAG